AGUAAUAUAUAUUAAUUUAUACCGAAAAAGUAAGUUUUAUAUUUUUUGCCACGCCCAUUGUGAUAAGCCGCGCUGUUCAAAAUCUUCUGGUAGAAAAUAAUCUACUAUAUGGACGUAUAUUAUCAAUUACUUCAAAUGUCAGUUUGAGUUAAGUUGUGCAAAGUCGUGGUCUGAUGAAAUAAUAAUAAUGGAGAAAUUAAAGUGAUCUCUCAUAUUACUCGAAUAAUAAUUAAAGUUUGGUACAAUGGAGCCUGAAUUGUGGAGACGUUGUGCAGCUUGGUUAACUAGAUGUGGAAUUCUUAGAGAAGACCACAAAGCAAAUUGGCCUCAAAGUUCAAUAGGAGACUUAGCCUACACUUUAAGGGAUGGUGUUUUAUUGUGCAAUUUGUUAGUAGCCUUAGAUCCAAUAUGUAUGGAUAUAAAAGAAGUGAACCAAAGACCUCAGAUGGCACAGUUUCUCUGCUUAAGAAAUAUAAAAAUCUUUCUUCAAACAUGUCGAAAUGUUUUCCGACUGCGAGAUACAGAAUUGUUUGAGCCCUCAGAAUUGUUUGAUCUAACUGGAUUUCAUAAAGUGCUAAUUACACUCUCAAAAUUAUCACAAUCCAAAAAAAUACAACAUAAAAAUAUAUUAGGAUUCUCUGCAGAUUCAGAAGUAUUUGAUUCCCAAGAGGAUAUUUAUAAGGACUUACAAUCAAAUGGCGCAUCAGAUGGUGCUCGAGCUAGUGGGGCGCACAGACUAUCUGGUGGAGCAUUUGGCCAUGAUUACUCCAUGGUACGGGAAGAGGAGACUUAUCAAGAUCUGUGCGCUGUUCGUAAGGCCACCAGAAACUCCCAGCUUGCUGCCAAUAUCCAAACUAUGGAAAAGCGAGAUCAUGUCAUCAGAGAGCUAGUUGACACUGAAACAAAGUAUGUAGAAAUGUUAGAAAAUUUAUUGAAUAAAUUUAUGGUGCCCUUAUCAAACCUCAUGCGUCCAGCCGAUCUUCGGAUUAUUUUUAACAAAAUUCAAGAAUUGUAUGACAUUCACUUAGAAUUUUGCCAACAAUUGCAAAGGGCGACAUUGCCUAAGCCCGAAAUUAAGUUGAGCGAAGUUUUUCUAAGCUGGCGAGAAAAAUUUCUAAUUUAUGGUGAUUAUUGUUCAAAUUUAACAUUGGCUCAAGAUACAUUACGUGAUAUAAUGAACAAGGAGGAAUCAGUUAAUCAGCAAGUAAUUAAAUGUCAAAAGGAACAUAGUGAUGGUCGAAUUCAAUUACGAGAUAUAUUACCAGUGCCAAUGCAGAGGCUAUUGAAAUACCAUUUGCUGCUGGACAAAUUAGUUUCUGAAACAGUACCUACCCAUGAGGAUUAUCGAGGCCUGGAGAGAGCUAAAGAGGCAAUGAUUGAUGUUGCUCAAUAUAUUAAUGAAGUGAAACGUGAUAGUGAACUAUUAGUAGUACUGAAUAAAAUUCAAGAUAGUAUAUCAGAGUUAUCACUUCCUGAAGGAACAGAUCUCAGGUUAUAUGGUAAAUUAAUAUUAGAUGGUGAAUUGAGAAUAAAAGCACAUGAAGAUCAGAAACAAAAAACUAGAUACGUUUUUAUAUUCGAUAAAAUAAUGCUUCUGUGCAAAAAUGCCAAAUUAGGGAAUGCUCAAUAUACAUUUAGGGAAUCAAUACCUUUACAUGAAUAUAGAAUAGAUGACUCACAAACCAGAAGAACUUUGGGUAAAGACACUAGAUUUCAAUACAGUUGGUUUUUAGUAAGGAAAAGAAGAGAAACGGCGUAUACGUUAUAUGCACAUACAGAAGAGAAAAAAAGAAAUUGGAUCCGAGCUAUGCAGGAAGCUAUGGAUAAUGUGGAACCGGCAGUGUGCAUGAAAACCGAUCACAAAUUUGUUUUGAAAACAUUUGAUCGACCUUUAGCUUGUCAUCACUGUUCGAAAUUUCUUAAAGGGCGAAUAUUUCAGGGUUACAAAUGUGAAAGUUGUGGCAUAGCAGUCCAUAAGACUUGCAUAGCGAAUUCUGGGCGGUGUGGACCACCUCAACCACCGCCACCGCCAGCAAAUGUGGUCGAUAGACAAUUAGCGGAAUAUUUAUGGUAUGUCGGAGAAAUGGGUAGAGAUUGUGCGACCAGAAAAUUAGAACAAAGAAUAAAUGGUACCUAUUUAUUACGAGUUAGACCUCAAGGGCCAACUCAUCCCGAUGAGACCCCUUAUGCAUUGAGCCUAAAGACUGAUGAUAAAGUAAAGCAUAUGAAAGUAUAUAAAAAGCAAGUAGAAUUAGUACCACAAUAUUAUCUAUCCGAAUCUCGAUAUUUUAAAAGUAUUGUUGAUUUAAUUGCAUAUUAUGAGCGUACAAGUCUUGGCGAAAAUUAUGUUGGAUUGGACGUGAGUUUGCAGUGGCCUUUUCAUCAAAUUUUAGCUAUAGCCGAAUACAAUUUCGAGCCCGAUGAGACUAAUCAAUUGCCUCUAGUCAAGGGAUGUGAAGUUCUUAUUUUGAGCAAAGAAGGCGAUGAGCGAGGAUGGUGGAGGGGAAAAGUCAUGGACAGAGUUGGUUUCUUUCCAAAAGAUUAUGUAAGAGAGACUCGACAUGUAAGUGAUUAUUAGUGAUAAUCAAAAUGAAGAGCUUAUCGGGUAUGUGUGCAUUUGUUUUGAUUUUAAUUAUUAUUUGCAGAAAAUUUGUACAAUUUUAGAAUCAUGUUUAUUCAUACUCAUGCUUUGACUUUUGCAGUAAUGCGAAUUUUUUAUUUAGUUGUCGAACAUUGAAAACAUCUAUUGUUUGUUAUAGAUAUAAUUUUAAU